AUGGCGGGCAGCUGGCGGGAAGUAGACAGCGGGGAGCGUUUGCGCGCAGCGCCGCUCGGCGCCCAGCGGGCGCCGGCGUUGCUGCUGCCGCUGCCGCUGCUGUCCCGCGCAGAUUUACCUGCUGAGCAAGUCCCGCGCAGAAUUUACCCGCUGAGUAACGGCGUCGCCGCAUUGUUUCGUGUCGGAGUAAAGAGGUUCUCGAGUGACAGGGUGUCGGCAGGCGGCCAGCAGCAACAGAUGUCCGGCCGCCAGAGACAAAAAGGCGGGCGACGCAUUAGGGACACUGCGCACGGCACGGCACAGCCCGCCACCCUGCGCUCCCAUGUGUCGACCAAAUUACACGCCGCCGCCGCCGCCGCCGCCACGCACCGCCACGCCGAUCGCGUGUCUGUCCGCAUCUGCCGCUGCCAACUUGGCAGCGGGGGCGGCGGCGGCAGCAAGCGGCGGCGGUCGCGCACCAACUUCAACAGCUGGCAGCUGGAGGAGCUGGAGAGGGCCUUCCUCGCCUCCCACUACCCGGACGUCUUCAUGCGGGAGGCGCUCGCCAUGCGCCUUGACCUCAAGGAGUCGCGCGUCGCCGUGUGGUUCCAGAACCGGCGCGCCAAGUGGCGCAAGAAGGAGCACACGAAGAAGGGCCCGGGCCGGCCGGCGCACAACGCUCACCCGCAGACGUGCAGCGGGGAGCCCAUCCCGGAGGAGGAGCUGCGGCGCAAGGAGCGCGAGCGGCGCGAGAAGAAGCUGCUCAAGUCGCUGGAGCGCCAGCAGCGCAAGCUGGCCGCCAAGGGCGUCGCCGUCGACCUGGACACGCUGCGCCGCCAGUGGGAGGCCAAGCACCGCGCCCACGCGCCCGCCCACCAGCAGACCCAGCCGCCGCCGCCGCCGCCGCCCCUGCAGCAGCAGCAGCAGCAGCCGCCGCCGUCGCCGCCCCCGGCAGCCGACCUUCCGGAAGACCGGAGCCUGUCCCAGCCCAACGACGACGAGGAGGAUAUCAACAUCGUCUCGGACGACGAGGCCAGCUCCAACUGCGGCCGAGUAUCGCCUACGCCGCCUCCGCAGCCGCCG